AUGAUGUAUAAAACAUCUAUGAAGUCAUUGAAAAUGGUAAUGGUUAAGUUGAUGACAGUGUUUAUGCUAAUAGAGGUGAUUACGUGCCAAUUCGGUUUCGGAUUUGGAGCAGAUGGUGGGUUGAACAUGAACUACUACUUGAUGAGUUGCCCUUUUGUUGAACCUGUUGUUAAGAACAUAGUGAAUAGAGCUUUGGACAAUGAUCCUACCCUUGCAGCUGCUCUUAUUAGAAUGCACUUCCAUGACUGCUUCAUUCAGGGAUGUGAUGGGUCAAUUCUACUUGAUUCCACUAAGGAUAACACAGCAGAAAAGGACUCACCAGCAAAUUUGAGUUUAAGAGGUUAUGAAGUCAUAGAUGACAUCAAAGAUGAACUUGAAAGACGAUGUCCUGGCGUGGUUUCAUGUGCUGAUAUUCUUGCUAUGGCUGCUACAGAAGCUGUUUUCUAUGCUGGAGGUCCGGUUUAUAACAUACCUAAAGGAAGAAAAGACGGAAGAAGAUCGAAAAUUGAGGAUACUAGAAAUUUGCCAUCACCUACCUUCAAUGCUUCUGAGCUCAUUAGGCAGUUUGGUCUACAUGGUUUUUCAGCGCAAGAGAUGGUCGCUCUCUCCGGGGCACAUACAUUAGGAGUGGCAAGGUGUUCAUCUUUCAAGAACAGAUUAAGCCAAGUGGAUCCAGCUUUGGAUUCACAAUUUGCAAAGACACUAUCUAGAACAUGUAGCUCUGGUGACAACGCGGAACAACCAUUCGAUGCAACGAGGAACGAUUUUGACAAUGUUUACUUUAACGCUUUGUUGAGGAGAAAUGGUGUUCUGUUUUCAGAUCAAGACCUCUACACUAGUCCAAGAACAUGGAACUUUGUGAAUGCUUAUGCAAUGAAUGAAGCAUUGUUUUUUCUUGAUUUUCAACGCGCGAUGGUGAAGAUGGGUUUGCUUGAUAUUAAACAAGGUUCUAAUGGCGAAGUUCGAGACAAUUGCCGCAAAAUUAACUAA